UCAGGGUUAGCAGAGGCCUCUACCCUUGUUCGGCGGAGGAAUGUGGUUCUGUUCCAGGGAUUCUGCGCCAUGAAAUAUGCCGUCUACGCACUGUGUGUCAACGCACACAAACACUCUCCGUGCAAGGACUGCCUGGGCAGCUUGGCAGAGGAGCAGCCAGAGUCCAGAGAGGAGCCUGGCAACAACCAGUGUUCCAGUCCAGGGUACUCUGAACUUUUUAAGAAAUACAUGGAUAAAUGCCAUCACUAUUUACAAGCCGUGCCUGUCGCUUUCCGUCUGGAGCUGCUAGAGAACAUUUAUUCCUUACUUUUCACAUCCCAUUCCGACUUCAGCUCGGAGAAAGCAGAGGAGUCUGCCCUGGAAGAGGGUGACGAGGGGGAGGGAGAGGGGGGGGCAGGAAGGAACUCUGAGGUGCGAAGCCUCAACAGCAGCCUGGAGCACAGCGAUUACCCAGAGACAGGACAGCAGGGCAGGGGAGAGAGCAGCCAACCACAGAGAAGCACCCACCUUAAAGACACUGUCUCCCAGACCUUCAGCCACUUGCACUUGAAGCACUUUGCUAACAGGGCCGGCGGGUUCAUGGUGGACGAGGCGGCGCUGGAAGCAUUCCUCAAGCUGCUGAAACAGCACCUGGACGGGAUCGACAAGGACGUGCUGUGGGAGAGUGAGCACGCGCCGGACACAGAGAAGGAACUAGCUGAGUGCCUAAACUGUUCCAUCAGUGCCGACGCCUUCAACACGCGCUUACAGCGGCUUUCCAAGUACAUCUCCGAAACCCAGUGGAGGUUCCAGGUGGUUACCAGCAACAAGACUGCAGAAGGGCAGAUUUCUGCCACAAGAAAACUGCACCCUGUUACUCUGAGACGCUCCAGCUUCAAGGGAAGAAGACGGGCAACAAGAAGCAGAGCAGAUGGAGCACUGCAGCUAUCUGUGGACAGCCUGAAUGCAGAUCUCAGUGCCAGUACAUCAGAUGGGAGUGCCAGUGCGUUCCCCGGACAGUUUGAGCCGGAACUCAGGCCCCUCUCUCUGGAGAGGAACCUGCUCAUCCCCAUGAUGCUGUCUCCCCCUGAGUCUCUGCUCAUAUCCUGCAUCCUGAGAGGAAACUUGAUGGAAGCACGUCAGGUGGUGCUGAUGUUCAGUCUGGAGUCCUCACCUUGCUAUGGGGAGCUGGUGUUCAUGGAGCGCUACCAGCAGGUUGUGGAGGAGCUGGCCUGUGUGGAGCAGAAGAUUGAGAACCAGAGCACGGACAGCAGCGGGAGGAAGGGCAGCAGCGGCCGGUCCACCCUGCAGGCCAUCGGGAGCGCUGCAGCAGCAGGCAUGGUGUUCUACUCCAUCUCAGAUGUGGCUGACAAGCUGCUGAGUUACCCGGGCCAGCCGGUGCCCUCCCUGCAGGAUGAGUUCUGGGUGAGCAGUGUGCAGAGGGAGCUGCCGGGGGCCCUCAGGGGGGUGCUGGAAGACCUGAGCCCCGCGGGCAUGGCUGCCUUCGACCUGGCCUGCACCCAGUGCCAGCUCUGGAAGACCUGCAAGCAGCUGCUGGAGACUGCAGAGAGGAGGCUGCACACCACCCUGGAGGCCAAAGGGCAGAAAGUGGAUUCCACAGUGCAGCCCCCCGAGGGGAUCCGAGGGUUUCCAGCAGUCCUGCAGCAGAUCAGCAAGAUCCUGAACCACACCCCUAGGGGGCGGGGCCAGGCCAGGCCUGAGGUGAAUGAGGAGAAGCUGCAGAGUCAUUUCAGCUGCAGCGUGGUGGAGGUCCUGCUGACCUGCUACCCUACCCUGACUGAGGAGAGCAUGGCAACACAGCUGAGCAUCUCGCACAGGCUGGAGCACACCCUGCACACACUCGCCACAGCCAUCGACUGCACAGAGCUGAAAGGGGGCAGUCUGUUUGCCUCCCUGGUGGAGCAGGCGUCUCUGAAGCCCCAGGAGCGGGAUGUGCACCCCGUGCGCAGUCAGAUGAAGCAGCUGCUCAGGACGGUGGAUCAGCACAUCCAGACACAGGGCAGCAGCGGCCAGGCCAGGCCAGACUACAUCCGCAGCGGCUUCGACUACAUCAACACGCUGGCUGCCGUGCUCGUGAGGAGCCUGAGCCCUGAGCUAGACCCAGUCUCUGAAGUGAAGCUGGGGAAUCCACUCCUGGUGCUGCUGCAGACCCCGGCACAGCUGCUGUCACACCUGCUCUUCGAGAGGCAGGUCUCUCCAGACAGGAUAUCUUCCCUGUUGCACAAAGAAGAACUGAACCUCAGCAUCCAGCAGGUGAUAGUGAGCUGCUCCUGCGAAAGCCUGCCGCUGUGGGACAUGAGGAAACAGGGGCAGAGCCCAUCUCUGCUGGACAGCGUUGGCGGGUUCGUGCAGCAGUACGCUGAGCAGUACCUGCCGAAUCUGGAAACAGCAUUCCCCACAUCCACCGAGGGCAGAGAAGACGUCACUGCUGCCGUUUCUCCUCCGGUAUCACCGGGUGGCUCCACCCAGUUCAUCCUCACUCCCUCCGCUCUGGGCUUCCUGAAGUCUCGCUCCAGCCUGCUAGCCACCUUGGCCUGCCUGACAGCAUCCAAGGGAGUGAAGGCAGCCAAGACAGGCCUAUCCUCCUGGAGGGACUUCAGGGGCAAGAGGGAGACCCCACUAGACCUGGAGCAGAUCACCAAGGAGUGCGAUCAUCUUCUGCAGGAGUUCCCUGUGCUGGAGCGUUUUCUACGCACCAUGUCGGAGCCUCUGGAAGGGAGUCCUGAGGAGCCGGCCGGGCUGGUGGGGGCUCUGUGUGGUCAGCCCUACUCCGGCCUUGUUCUCUCUGGGGUGCACUGCCGCUCCACACUGGGGAUCGCCGCUGGGGCCUUCCAGCAAGCCCUGGUUUCUGGAGCCCUGAGUAGAGCCCUGAGCAUCCUGGAACAGUACGGGCAGGAGGGCCAGGGCCUGUCUCAUAUGCAGGACGUCCUGCUCAGCUGCGCUGCUGUGGAAGAGGCGGACGGCAUGAGGCACCUGUUCCUGGUGAAGGACGCUGAUCUCCGGGCCAGGCUGGUGCUGCACUGCUUGGAGAAGUGGCCCCUGGGAGCCUGCCUGGAGAUCCUCAUGUACUGUGUAAGUGACUCGGAGACGGCGGAGGAGCUGAAGGAGAACCUGCUCUUGAAGAAACAGGAGCUGCAGAUUUACCAACAGAUCUUGGAUCUGAGUUCUCCAUCCAGGUGGAGCGACUGGCAGGAAGUGCGGAGAGAUUCCCGAGAGGACCCAGAAUCUGUGCUAGAUGUGAUCCUUUCUGCCAAAGAGUUUGGACUGUGUGAGAGGUGGGUGGAAUUGCACCCCGUCUCUCCAGAGUGUCUGAUGAGGCUGCAGAGAGAGCACCUGCUUCACCUGCUGGAGACCGGGGAUUCGGAGGACGCCUUCCAGUUGCUCCAGAGCUUGUCGGACCCAGAGCAGUGCCUGCUGAUCAGUGAGCAGGCCCUGGACCAGCGCCCGGGGCUGACGGCCUGCCACUUCCUGGCUAAUUACCUCACCUCUCACUUCCACAAGAGCGUGGCCCCAACGCGCCAGCACGAGAUACAGGCCAUGCGCAUUGGCUCAGAGUUGUUGCUGUUGCUCCCCGAACCCACUCGCCAGGAUUACUUCCAGCUGUCGUCCAGCCCGCUGCUGAUGCUGGAGCAGCUCCUGAUGAACAUGAAGGUGGACUGGGCGGCCACAGCCGUGCUCUCCCUGCAGCAGCUCCUCCUGGGGCAGGAGGCAGGCUUCACAGUCGAGGACAUCAACGAGCUGCUCUCCAGAUACGCCAGGAAGGCUCUGGACUUCCCCUAUGCACCCCGGGAGAGAACCAGAGCAGACUCUGUGAUAAGUCUGCAGGACCUCCUGAGCCAGACUCCAGGCCAGGAGACCUUCCCUCCGUCUCCCUCUGCAGAGACACCCCCCUCUUCCACUGCUGGCAGCAGCCCGCUACACACACCCAAAGCCCUCCCUGAGAGAGCCCCAUGCAGACAGAAAUUGGAGUUCACACCCCCUGAGAGACCACCGGAGAAGAAGAACUGGAUCCCAGACCAGCAGCAGGACAUGUGCAUGGUGUGCAGGAAAGAGCGCUUCACCAUGUUUAACAGGCGGCACCACUGCAGGCGCUGUGGCCGGCUGGUCUGCAACACCUGCUCCACUAGGAAGAUGGUGGUGCAGGGCUGCAGAGGGGAUCCAGUGCGAGUGUGUGACCAGUGUUACAGCUUUUUCAACCAAGACACACAAGAAGAGAACGAGCAAGCAGAAGUGGCUGGCAGCCCUGGCAGUGGCUGUUUGGGUUUUUCUGCCAUAUUGCAGUUACCAGAGGUGCCAGAGAGGCUGCGCAAACUCUCGCUGAAUGAAGCGGAAAAUGAGAUUGAGCGCAGCGAGUUCUACUAUGAGGAGGCUCCUAGUGCCUCGCUGUGCAUCGCCAUCCUGAACCUGCACAGUAACAGCAUCGUCUGCGGGCAGCAGCUGAUUGAGCACUGUCACCAACUGUCCCGCGGACUCACCAACCCCGAGGUGGACCCCCGGCUGCUCACAGACAUCAUGAAGCAGCUGCUCUUCAGUGCCAAGCUGAUGUUCGUCAAGGCGGGGCGCAGUCAGGACCUGGCCCUGUGUGACAGUUACAUCAGCAAGGUAGACGUGCUGAAGAUUUUAGUCUCUGCCAACUAUAAGUACGUGCCAUCGCUGAAUCAGAUCCUGCAGCCUGCAGCCGUGUCCAGACUGAGGAACCAGCUGCUGGAGGCAGAGUAUUACCAGCUGGCUGUGGAGGUCUCCACUAAGAGUGGUCUGGACCCUGGUGGGGUGUGGCAUGCCUGGGGGAUGGCCUGCCUGAAAGCAGGGAACCUGACUGCAGCGCGAGAGAAGUUCAGCAGGUGUCUGAAAGCUCCGUUCGACCCGAACCAGCAGAAUCACGGGUCUCAGCUCCUUCAGGAUAUCAUCCAGCACCUGGAGUCCACUGUCAAACCCAGCUUCUCCCUGCAGAACGAUGACAUCCUGGCCUCCCUGAAGCAGCUGGAGGAUGCUCUGGUGGAAGCUACCCCUCCUGACAGACCAGAAGGGAAGAUCCAGCAGAACAGCUGCUACCAGGAGUGCCUCUACUACCUGCACGCAUACGGGACCAACCUGGCCAUCAUCAGCUUCUACAUGAGGCACGACUGCGUGAGGGAUGCGCUGAUACACCUUCUCAACAAGGAAAGCCCAGAGGACGUGUUCCUGGAGGGGAUAUUCGUGCCGAGCUAUGAAAGUGGGAAGCUGCAUGUUCUGGAGAACCUGAUGGAGACCAUCGAUUCGGGGCUGGAGAGCUGGAGCAGAUACCUGAUUGCAUCCUGCAAACACCUGCAGAAACGAGGCUUCUUCAACAUCCUCUACGACCUGCAGCAGUUCAUGAAGGACCACGUGCGGGCGGCCAUGACGUGCAUCCGGUUCUUCACUCAUAAGGCCGAGUCAUACGUGGACCUGGGGGGGAAGCAGAAGUGGCUGAUCAAGGCAAAGGACCACCUGAAGACCUACCUGCAGGAGCACUCGAGCCGCACCUUCGGGAGGAGGAAAUCUGCCAGCUCCUUCAGGAAGAAGAUGUCCUCCAGCGAUGUGUCCAGGCACAUCAACACAAUCGAGCUGCAGAUCGAAGUGACCAGGUUCCUGCAUCGCUGUGAGAGCUCCGGCACCUCACACAGCACAGCCCCCCCACCCGCCAACCUGUUUGGAAACAGCAGCAUGAAGAUGGACGUGGCCUGCAAGGUCAUGCUUGGCGGUCAAAACAUUGAGGAGGGAUUUGGAAUUGCCUUCAGGAUUAUACAGGAUUUCCAGUUGGAGGCGGCGGCAGUGUACAGCAGGGCAGUGAAGUGGCUGGUAAAGCACAGGCAGUACCGGGAGAUCAGGCAGCUGCUUAAGUGUGUCAGCGAGUCGGGAGCCGCCACCAAGAACGACUGCGAUAACAUCAUCCUGAGCUGCAUCGAGGCAGCUGACAAGGUGCCCUCUGAGGCUAAAGAACUUGACAGUUUGAUUUUGGAAAUGAAAAGCACAGAUAACAAGAUCAAGGCCUACCUGCUGUGCAGUAAGCUGCGCUCGGCCUACCUGAUCGCGGUAAAGCUGGAGCUGCCGCGGGCCUCCCAGCUGGUGCAGGAGGUGCUGAGGGCCGCAGAGCAGGCAGCGGACCUCAUCAUGCAGGACAUCUGCACACAGUGGCUGUCCGAGCACCAGGGCAGGAGCAGCACGACUCCACGGCAGGGCGCAGCCACACGCAGAUAGCAGUGCGAGCAGACCACACACGCACAAAUGUACUGCCAAACCUGCACUCUUCUUCCUAAGAGAUGGUUCUGUUCUUCAGAACCAUCUUACAUGAAUGAAACCAAAUCUCAAAGCAAGCAAAGGGGCUAGAUUGUCAACCCCUGUCCCCCAAGUGCUCAGUUAUUGAUUUUUUUUAUUUUUUUUAUUUUUUUUUCAAGUGUCUCUGUAUAGCAUAGUACUGUAGGUCCUUUAUGAAAAAAAAAAUCCUAGUAUUACAGCAAGCUGUUGUCUACUCCAGUGCAUUUCUAAAAUAAUUAACGACAAUUAUUCUUACAGUUCAGAGGACAUACUGAAAGCAGUUCUGGAGGACGCUGUGCGAAUAAAAUAAACUCUGUUUAUUUAAGAAGAUAGGAAGUUUCAGGGGUGUGCCAGUAAUAGCGAUUACAGAUCUAGGGUACUGUGAAUCAGUGCAGUUCUUUUAUAUUAUUCUGCAAACUAUACAAGUGUUGGUACAGUACUUUAGAUUUAAUGUAUGGCUUUGUAGGCUUUAAAACUGCAAGAUACUUAUCUUUUGAGCAUAAUAAAAAUGUGACUGGCGGAAUGUGA